AUGGAGGUUUUGGAUACUAUCAGGGAACUACAAGCACUACCGGAAAGUGUUCAUUUACUUUGCCCACGGAAACGACGAGAUGACUACGGACGUUACGAUGGCCCAGGCGAAAAAGACCAAUUUCACGCGGCGGUGGAACAGAGAGAUAAAGCGUUGUCAUGUUUACCCAUUCUAGCCUUCAGUCAAGAUGGCUUGGAGGAAUUACAGACGUGGGUGUGGCAUAGAUUUGGAGAUGCCCUGGAAAGUUGCGACUUUUGUAUCAGGAUGUACCACCAGGGGAGGGGUUCUCUGGUCGAAAGGCUAAAGGAGAGCUACGAUGAUGAAGAUAUUGAGAAACUGGUUCGAUUAUUGGAAGAUUGGGAUAUUAAGCGAAUGACAAAGAACUUGAAGUCUGCUUUGGAGGAGCUGAAGGUAGUACCGCCAGAACGGAUAGGCCUGGAUGCCUUGAAGACUGCUUCGCUGCUAGCGAUAUUUGAAUGUUUGAGCUCGAAGGCUAUGCAACGAAACCCGACUCUGCUCAAGGAAUAUUUCGACGCACCGUUCAAGUUGAUUCAGACGAAACGCACCCUCAAACUGACAGACUACGUACCUGGCCUCACAAAUUUCCUCUUUGACCCAGAUCCAAUUCGCAGCCGAUGGGCCCUACACGGCUGGUCGCGUUUUCGUCGUCCACCGUCUGCUGUUGAAUUUGAGUGGGCAGUGAAAGAUGGUCUGACGCGUGCUCUUUUCGCCUGUUCAGCACAACAAGUGCCGCCGCCUGACAUGGCUACAAUACAACGACUGUGGGCUGGCCUGCGCAUCAUCACAUUAAGACUCGAUAAGGAUCAAAUAACGCACCAUCUUCGCGCUUUGGAUAUUGAUCCAUGUCGUUUGUCGGUCGAACACCUUGCGAUACCGUCACCUGGUCUGCGGUAUCUAUUGAAUACAAUCCAAACUCUUUUGGAAAAGGCUCCUGGUGAUUUUUGGGAUGCUAUGCAAACGAUUUCUCCUCAAGCGAUUGCCGAGCAGAUUUUUAAUAACCCCCAGUUGGAUUCUUUUCUGCUGCAGGCCACAGAAGAUGAACCCGUGGCCAAGGCUGCGCUGCAUGAGAUGUUGUCAUGGAUCAGCCCGUUCAUGUCAUCUUUAAAGAGCAUUAACCAGACGGCGGCCUGCAGAUAUAUCGUUUCGCAACUGUUCAAACGAUCAAAAGACCUGAAAUUUCCGACCGUUUCUCGCUUUCAAUGCUUUCUUGUGGGAACCGAAGUUUUGUUGUGCACGCUGUGUACAUUUACCAACAAUGAGUCCUCGAGAGGCUCUGUCGCACGUGUAGUGCUAUCGGAAACCCUGGAAAUAGUUAACGAGCACAUUGACACUGUUGUUUCACCAGCAUCUUUCGGCUCGGCAGAGAGAGACAAGGCAAUAAUCAACGGGUGCAUGGAUGUUGUGCGGAAUACUCUUGCCCUGGAAUGCCAAUCUCUCAAGACGGACUAUGAAGUAUUACUUAAUAAUUCCACACUACAACAUGGAGUUAGUACAUAUUCCCCAGGAAUAUGGGAUGCCGUGAUUAGAAGACUUAGUGGGAGCAACCAUGAUUUGUCAACCGCAGCGCUGAGAGGUAUCUUGGAUAUCGUGGGUCUUGAGAAGUUUCCAACCAAGGGCGAAGAUAGCCGAGAGAAAACUCAUUAUAAUGUCGUUUAUGGCCAGCUUACACACCUUUCGUGUCAGAUUAUCGAGCGCUUGGCCGAGUUCAACCCGGAGCAUCUGGAUGUUUUGUUUUCUAACGAAGACACUAGUUGUGCACUUAUAUCUGCGCUGUUCUCAGCCGACCUUAAUACCUACCAGGCGGCUGUGGAUCUUAUCAAGAACGUAAGCAGUCAGUCGGCGAGAAGAGAGGCUAUUUCACAUCUCUUGCAAUCCUUCUUCUCCACGGCUGUUUAUGGAUUUGGUUGGUCUUUCUACCGGAUCAGCACUUUGAAGACAUUUGGCUCUGCUCCUAGAAUGCUUCAUACUGGAACUGAUAUUAUUGAAGUUCUCUGUGAUACACAGAGCGGUAUCCUUCGUAAAAGAAAGCUAUCGAAUAGCAAGGAACGUAAGGAGGUACAGACUCUGUGGGCGCGUCAGUGGUCGGCUGUCACUACUAUAUUUGAUAUGACCGAAGCUUGGCAUAAUCGUGGGAAUGACAAGAAGGUAAUGCUUGAGUUUUGUCGAGAUACUAUUCAGUUUGCGGAUCUCUUGUUCAAUCAGUAUGGCGUGUUUGCAAGCGCAAUGGCCGGAGGGGAUGAGUCGAUAGAAGUCUCGGUACGAGAGGUUUUGCUGCAGUUCCCGACAGAUACGAUGAAAGGCAUGGUCAAGUGGCUGAGACUCAAGGAUGAGUAUCUCGCAACGACACUGGUUGGCCUUGUUUCUAGGAUUCUCCGGCGCCUUGGAGAGUUGAACAUCACAACUGUUGACAAGGUUGCGUUGCAAACUAUCGAGAAUGUAGCCAUUACUGGGAGUGUGAAGACCAUAUUGACUGCUCGCGAAAAGGCGGAGCUGGUGAGGGCGCUGGAGGCAUACUACAAGAAGCCGGUCGUUACGGCAUCAACUGCGUCAUUGAAGAAGCAAAGUUCAAUUACAGCCUUUGCCAGGCAGGCCGAUUCUUCUGGAGCAUCGACUCCUAAUCGUGUUACAAGCGAAGAGGAUUACGAGGACGGAGGCGUUCCUGAUGAAACAUUGAUGCAACUAUCGCGGUCUGUUGAGCUGAAUAAAGCCCGGAUUGCUGCUCAACCUCCUAAAAAGAUCAUAUCAAAGACCAGAUCGCCGCUUGUUCUCCCCAAGGCCCCAAGCCGGCCGUCGGUUUCGGUUGAGUCGUUCCGUGAGAAACGCGAAAGAGAAAAAGAAGCCAAGAAGAAGAGAGAUCUUGCUGAGCUUGCUCGUUUGAAGAAGGGCCUUCCUGCCCCUGGCGUAGCGGAACAAACCGCUGGACAAGGGUCAGGUGUACAGGGUCUUGGAGUGAAGGGCAAAGAUCAUUAUGCUCCUGUGGAUAGUAUGAUGGUUGAUUCCGAGUCCGAAUCCGAGGAUGACAGCGAUGAUGAGGUUGAUGUGGAGCUUUUCGGAAAGAAAGGUGCAUCGACUCCAGCCGCAGUGAAAGAGUAUGAAGAAAACCGUAGACGAAUGUUGAAACAACAAGGCCCUGUUAAAAAGAAAAAGCAGUUCCGUUCGGCGAAGGAUAUGCGGGCUCGAUUGGCUCCCGACCUUUCAUCGCUUCAUCGCACUUUACUUGGCUGGGACUUUUUCGCCGGUGGCGAUUUACCCUCUAAUUCAGAUCGGACAGACUAUUCUCUAGUCUCACCGGUCUUCAGAGAUCCCAUUGAAUACCAGCGCACUUUUGAACCCUUGUUGGUCCUAGAAGCAUGGCAAGGGUUUCAGGCGUCCAAGGAAGAGGCCAACUUCAGGCCCUUUGAAAUUUCAGUGGCAACUCGACUAUCAGUUGAUUCAUUCAUGGAAGUCAGUACAACACUCAAGAAUGUGACCGAUCUUAAAGACUAUGGGAUUGGUGAUGCAGACAUUGUGUUGCUAUCAAAGUCCAGAGAUCCAGCCAAUGAUAAGUCUGCACCUCAUUGCUUGGCUAGGGUUUCUGGCAUCAAUAGGAAGAAAGGUACGAUUGAAGUAUCAUACCGAGUAAACCCAGGAAGUUCGAUCAUUCCUUCUCUCGCACCAGGCGUUUCGCUUUGGGGUGUGCGUGUUUUCUCAAUGACUCCUCUAGAGCGCGAGUAUGGUGCUUUGAUGGGUUUGCAGUACUAUGAUCUCUGUGAAGAAAUCAUCAGGGCUAAACCGUCGCCUUUACUCAAGUACUCGGAUGCUGGCCUGCAACCCUUCGUGGACAAUUACACGGUGAACUUAGCGCAGGCCAAGGCUAUCAAGUCUGCAAUGGAUAAUGACGCAUUUACGCUGAUCCAAGGACCUCCAGGUUCGGGAAAGACCAAGACCAUCGUUGCACUUGUUGGAGCUUUGUUAAGUAAUUCACUUGGUGCCAAUCGCGGCGUUUCAAUUCAACGGCCUAUUGACAACCAAGGUUCAAACCAGCCGGUGAGGACUAUUUCAGCAAAGAAACUGCUAGUGUGCGCUCCCAGUAACGCAGCUGUUGAUGAAUUGGUGAUGCGUUUGAAAGCAGGAGUGAAAACCUUACAAGGCCGGUCAGAGAAACUUUCUGUUAUUCGUCUCGGUCGAAGUGAUGCUAUCAAUGCAAAUGUAUUGGAUGUUACUUUGGACGAGCUCGUCAACGCCCGCUUGAACCAGUCCGCCCAGAAGGGUUCUGGGGAACGAGAUCUUCAGAAAAUUUAUGAAGAACACAAAACUACCGAUACUGCAUUUAAGGAUAUGCGGGCCAAACUUGAUCAAUUCAGAGCCAAAGGGCAGACGCCUCCAGAAGACAUGACGCAUGAGUUCGAAGUGCUGAAAAAGAAGCGCACGGGUCUUAGUCAAGAAAUUGAUAAUGCCCGAGAUCACAACAAUUCCAUCGCUCGUAACAACGAUCUCACCAGGCGCCGAAUCCAACAGGAAAUCAUAAACAGCGCACAUGUCAUCUGCGCAACUCUCAGUGGCAGUGGGCACGAAAUGUUUCAAAAUUUGAGCAUUGACUUUGAGACUGUCAUUAUCGAUGAGGCCGCUCAGUCGAUUGAACUGAGUGCUCUUAUUCCGCUAAAGUAUGGCUGCGCCAAAUGCAUUCUUGUUGGUGACCCCAAGCAGCUUCCACCAACGGUUCUUUCAAAGGAAGCGUCUCGUUUCCAAUAUGAGCAGAGCUUGUUCGUCAGAAUGCAGUCGAACCAUCCAAACGACGUUCAUCUCCUGGACAUCCAAUACCGUAUGCACCCGGAAAUCAGUCGCUUUCCCAGCCUUACCUUUUACGAUGGCCUGUUGAAAGAUGGUCCCGAUAUGGCCAAACUUCGUGUUCGACCUUGGCACAACAGUGCGCUGCUCAGUCCGUACCGGUUUUUUGAUGUCCAGGGUCUCCAUCAAAGUGCUUCCAAGGGACACUCUCUUAUUAACAUUGCUGAAUUGAAUGUGGCAAUGCGGCUUUACGAACGUCUUAUAACUGACUUCAAAUCCUACGAUUUCUCGGGAAAGAUUGGUAUCAUAACACCAUAUAAAGGUCAGCUGCGAGAAAUGAAGUCCAGGUUUGCUGCCAAAUAUGGCAACUCGAUUUUCACGGCUGUUGAGUUUAACACAACCGACGCCUUUCAAGGUCGAGAAAGUGAAGUCAUCAUCUUCUCGUGUGUGCGCGCAUCAAACAGAGGCAUUGGUUUCUUGUCUGACAUUCGUCGAAUGAACGUCGGAUUAACGCGUGCCAAGUCGUCCCUUUGGGUUCUUGGAAACUCUCAGUCUUUGGUCCAAGGUGAAUUUUGGAAUAAGCUCAUUACUGACACCAAGAAGCGAAACAUUUAUACCCAUGGUGAUGUCCUUUCAAUGUUGCAACGCCCUCAGUUCACUGGGUAUAAGAAUGUGGAGAUGCUCGAUACGGAGCAGGAGUCGUCCCAUUCGUCAGCGGCACCAACGCCUACAGAGACCCGUUCAUCUAAUGACAUGGAGUCAAUAUCAGCACGUAACACUCCUGCCCCAGCCUUCAUCGGCCCAUCAGGAGGGUACAAUGGACUUGACGAGUCCAAGGCGUGUGCGACGUGUGGCAGCCUUGAUCAUUUCACCAGGAACUGCGACAACCUCGAGGCCAUAGAAACCACUAAAGGCACCUGCUUCCGCUGCAAGGAGCCGGGCCACACUAAAAUGAGAUGCACAGCACCUCGAUGUCUGAUGUGUGGCGAAAUUGGCCAUGAAGCCGAGGCGUGCAAGUCGACCAAGGUCCUCACACAAAAUGAAAAGAACAAAGUUGUUUACGAAGAGCAUCGCCAUAAACAGGCUCAGCAGGCGAAACGAGAGGAAAUAAAGCAAAAGCACCUAAGAAACCACGAUCCCAAAGUACCCGUUAUCAAAGCCUCGACAAGAUCACCUUCGCCCCCGACAAAGCCUCAGGCAUCGACGGUGAAAAGAAAGCUACCGCCCAGCGGACCUUUUGCAAAAACCACCAAGCGAAAAGUGGACGCAGAAACUCCGCAGGAGCUUCCUAGUAAGUUGGUCAAACCAUCGCGAGAAGGGCCUUCUUAUAAUAAAAUCGCCCAAGAAUCGAAAGCUCCCGUGGCCUCGAAGGGACCCGGUCUAGAAAGCAAUAAGGAGAUACAACCGCCACGAGGACCAAAAGGACCAAGACCACCGGGACCUCGUCCCCCCAUGCCGACACGAAAGAAGAAGGAUGCUGAUCCUUUCAUUCGGCCCAAGAGAAGAUGA